AUGGAGAAUAAGAAAAAGAAUGAACAAGAGAAGCCAUCACAUCGCCAGCUACAAAAACGAAAGAUAUUGUACGCGAUAGUAUCCAUUGUGAUUGCUUCGAUAGUCAUCGUUGGUAUUUUGAUUCCAACCGUGGUUAUAAAAAAGAAUGGAACUCAGCCAUCACCUACAACAACAUCAUCAUCAACUAUGACGACAACAUCAAACAUGACGAUGACAACAACAGAAAUAGAUAUGUGUAUGAUACUCUUGACUGCUGUUCAAAGAAAAGUCUAUGGCGUACACAAUACAUUUGUCGGUGGCGAUAGCACACGAGCUACACCCGGUAGCAAGCGUGGUCAAUAUUCACCAGAGGAUUCUCCAGACAAAGCAUGCGAUGGCAAUGUGUCAACAAAAUAUAUUAACUAUGGAUCAUGCGAAAAAAUGAUUUUUUCUGAUAGCUGUGGUUUGAAUACUGGUUUUUAUCUCGAACUAGCACGUGGUUCAACAUUAAUCAAUGGAUUGAAAAUUUGUUUGACUGGUCUGAGUUGCCCGUGUGGUCCGACUGUUGUGUCAUUGGAAGGAAGUAACAUGACGGGAACUGAUCUUACUCUGGGCAGUAGUUGGACUCUGCUUUACCAUGGCACCAGUGGACUCAGUGAUGACCCUGCCCGACAGAAAUGUGGUUCAUUACAGCAUUUCAACAAUACUAUAGCGUACACUAGUUAUCGCUUUCUAGUUUUAGCUAAAAAUGCUGCUGAAGCCCUUGUUGAGUACUCUGAAGUACAAUUCUCUACAAAUACUCCUGAAAUUAGAUACAGUAGAAUAAAAGCUGGAACAUCGCAACCACUCAGACAGCAUUACAACAAACCUUCUCGCCAUUCGAACACCACAUCAACUCCAUCUUUCAAUACAUACAAAUCAACACGAACCAAACGCCAAAUCAUACCAAAAUCCACAAUGCAAGGGCCAGAGCUUCCGGUUCGCGAUUCCAAUCAGCCACCUCCACAGACACGUCCAUCGAAUCGUCGACGACCUCCAUCCACGCUUCCACACCCACCAAUAAUGACUUCCACAACACUCCGCACACACUCAUAA